AUGCAUGAUAGUCAAGAAAAUGGGGACAGAUUGAGUGACUUACCCGACUGUGUUCUCCUUCACAUUUUGUCACAUUUGAAUUCCAUAGAUGCUGUUCAAACGUGUAUUCUAUCCACACGAUGGAAGCAUCUUUGGAAACAUAUUCCUUCGGUUAAAUUGCAUUACUCAAAAUAUUCAACUGUGAAGCGAUUUGACAUAUUCCUUUCUAAGAUGUUGGCACUUCGUGAUAACUCAACUGCAUUGCAGGCUCUGGACAUUGAUCACGGCCUUAUUGAGUCUCAGCUCCUCGAAAACAUUUUAAACUCUGUUUAUUCCCAUAAUAAACACAUCAAGCAAUUACAAAUCAGGGCCAUUGCUCAGGGUUAUCCCAUUCUGAGUUGUGUUUCUUCAUGUAAAGCUCUUACAACUCUUAAGCUUUCACUCUACAAUUUAGGUAGUAGGGAUAAUACAGAAAUUUUAUUUCCAAAAUCUUUGAAUUUGCCUCUAUUGACAAGCUUACAUCUAGAAAAUUUUACCUUUCGCGGAGGUGAAAACGGUUGUGCUGAGCCGUUUUCUCCCUUUACCAAGUUGAAUAGUCUGGUCAUUCGUCAUUCUAAGGUAAAGAAUACACAAAUCCUCAACAUAUCCAAUGAGACACUUGUCGAUUUAGCUAUGCAUUAUAAUUCAUUCAACUUUGCCGAAAUCGAGCUAUCUACUCCAAGUCUUCGUAGGUUUACUUUUCCUGAUAAUCUUGGUCAGAAGAUAUGUGGAAGGGGCCUUUCUUGUGUUAAGCACGUAAAUAUCUAUGCACCGCAGUAUUCAUAUUCCAUGAAGCAUCCUUUUGUUCUAUUAGGCUGCUUGCGUGACUUUGCCAGUGUAGAAUCAUUGAAAGUAACUUCAAUUACUCUUCAGAUUCUCUCCUUAGUCCCUAAUUUAUUGGAAGUUAAGCUGCAUUCUUUGCGUAACUUGAAGUCAUUGGAGGUAGAGCUUAUACCUCUUCAUGAUGAAAUUUUAAUACUAUUUAUGAAGGAUGGUAUGUUAAAGAACGCUAUUUCCAAGUCACUUAUAGAAGUUGCUAAAUUAAGAAAGGCAUUUAAAGCGGGUUUGAAACUACUUCCUAUACCUGAUGGAAUAGUUGACUUCUUGCGACAAAACUCGCCGUCAGCACAAGUUAACAUCACAACAAAGCAGGGGAGUUGUUUUAAUGAUAAGCAGGAAGUUGCAGAAUAUGUAAACUCCCCGAAAAACAUCAGCUAUCCUCAGCAAUUUGUUGGGCCUUCCUGCCUCCUUCUCUGCCUCACCUACUCCCUCUGUUGUGUUAGAAUUAAUUUAUGUUCUCCAAAUCAUUCGAUCUCUAAUAUGUAA